AUGGCUCCAAAGAAUCGGUCUAAGAGGCCCGGUCUACUCUCCAAGGGCCGGCCACCCACUGUCAAGUCUAAACAAGCUGCUCUAUCUGCUAAAGCCACUCGCACUCUCAUACGGUCUCACCAUCAACUCCUCAAAGCACGAUCUCAUGCCGAAAAGGCUGGAGACCAAGCCCGAGUGAGCAGCAUUGAUGCUCAAAUCCAAGCCAAUGGAGGAUUGGAGAGCUAUCAAAUCGCUAGUAAGCUCGGUCAAUCAAUGGAUCGUGGCGGUGAUUCCAGCAAACUUCUAGUCGAGUGGAUCAAACCACAUUUGGAUCAAUGGAAGAGCACCCUACCCAAAUUGCGAGUCUUGGAAGUUGGAGCACUGAGUACAAAAAAUGCCUGUUCAAGAACCCCAGCUUUGAAUGUUACACGCAUCGACUUGAAUUCCCAAGAGCCAGGAAUUCUCAAGCAAGAUUUCAUGGAACGACCAUUGCCGACUUCGGAUGACGAACGCUUUAAUCUCAUCAGUCUAUCCCUGGUGCUGAACUAUGUACCCGAUGCCGUUGGCCGAGGCGAGAUGUUGAAGCGAUGCGUCAAGUUUUUGACCUCUGAGUGUUCUAUAUCAUUCGUCCCCACUCUCUUCUUUGUCCUGCCAGUGGCCUGUAUUGACAAUUCUCGCUAUCUUACGGAAGAGCGGCUUCUUGAGAUUCUGGCAAGCCUGGGCUUCCAUCUCGUGCAAACCAAAAGAACUUCAAAAUUGAUUUAUCAACUAUGGCACUACACAGGAGCAUGCACUUUAUCCCGGGCUUUCAAGAAGGAAAUGCUCAACCCUGGUCAUAAGAGGAAUAAUUUCGCUGUCAUUCUCGAAGGCUGA